AUGGCCUGGGGCGCGGCGAGCUCCUCUUGUGGUGGUGGUGAUCACGCGCUCUGCCUCUGCCUCGGCCCCUCGCCCACGAUUUACUUCUCCCUCCGCACGCACGCCAUUCGUCCUUCCCUCACCUUCCCGACCUCCUAUCAGCGCCGCUCGGUCCCGCCCCCGCCCCCGCCCCACGAGCUCGCGGCCGCCCCCGAGCCAGGCGGGGCGCCGCGCCGCUGCGCCCGUCCAAGCGCGCGCACCGGGAGGCCCUCGAGGCCGCGCCGUCCGCCGCUCGGUCCCGCCCCCGCCCCACGAGCUCGCGGCCGCCCGUCCAAGCACGCGCACCGGGAGGCCCUCGAGGCCGCGUCGUCGGGGAUCGUCUCCGGCCUCGACCUCGGCCGCCUCAACUCCUCCCGCUCCGACGACUCGUUGCGCAAGGUCGCCACCGAGGCCGCCGCCGCCGGGGCCCGCGUCUUCGCCGACCUGCACGACGCCCUGCCCGACCUGCUCGAUGCGUCCAACGAGGAAGGAGAGGACAGGGGCAAGUGCCCGCACUCCAUCGCACUCGCCGCCGACGAGUUCCGGGCGAGGGGACAGACCGUCGAGCUGCCGUGCGGGCUCACGCUCGGCUCCUACAUCACCGUCGCCGCCAUGCCGCACGCCGCGCACCCCGAGCGGGACCCCAAGAUCGCGCAGCUCAGGGAGGGGGAGGAACCCCUCAUGGUCUACCAGUUCAUGAUGGAGCUGCAGGGGCUUAAGACGGUCAACGGCGAGGACCCGCCCAGGAUCCUCCACUUCAACCCCCGCCUCCGCGGCGACUGGAGCUGCAAGCCUGUCAUCGAGCAGAACACAUGCUACGGCAUGCAGUGGGGCACCUCGCUCCGAUGCGAGGGCUGGAUGAGAAAAAUCGGCGCCGCCGCCCCCACACUAGGAGCAUCGUCUUAUCCAUUCCUGUCGUCCACCUAUGGGCACACGCCACCGCGUUGACAGUGGCUUGUCACCGGUGAGGCGAGGCCGAUGCUUCAGCUAUAUGUUCGCAAGGAGGCGGGGUCGAUGGGGCGCAGGAGGGUGCCGGACGAUGGCGCUCCAGCGAGGGCUUGGCUAGGGCAGCGACCGGCGUGCUCGCUUGGGAGGUGGGAGGCCACCUCGAUGUGGCUUAGGCGUGGCAGCACGGCGUCGAGCCAUUGCGGGUGGCGCCGAGCCGGGGCAGUGGCCUGACGGGCGACGUCUAGGAGGUGUUGUCCUUGAGCCAGCGACGACGGCUGUAGCGGGACGAUGCGGGAUGUCUACAUGUUGCUUCAGGGUUGCGGGUCGUGGGCAGCGUCGUGCUCGCGCGUGAUACCCGUGUGUGAUUUGGAUCUAAUUACAGUGCGCUCCUCCUUCUCCACUUCAGCUUUCUAGACAAGGAUGAGGGCCUCCUCUCCUUACCCAUCCUUCCCCGGCGCCAGUGGCCAUGCUUGAGCGCGGGUGGAGAGUCUGGUUGUGUGCCAUGGUUGAUGCUUGACGCAGCAGACGGUCAAUGAUUCACAAGUGAUGUGGUCAUUGGCUCGCGGGGACGAAAGCAGAAACCGGUAUGGCGAUGGUGCCAAGGAGGACUCUCAGGCGUCCGCUGGUUGCAUCGCUGCUGCCAUACCCAUGGAGUGGCGCGGCUCCAACCAAUCUAAGAUGGUGUUCCUAUCUCUUUCUUUCUUGAGGUGCAAAGGAAUCGGUACUACAAUAGAACUUGAAGCCGAUGAGGAUGGAGGACAUUUAGUUUUGGUGGAGACAUCAGGUACAACACAUGUCAAUGAUAAUUCUGCCCCACAACCAAACAAAAGAAAUAUGAUGAUGAUGUUCAUUGGUGCUAGGCCUCCAGAAGUGGGUUUAAUUUUUGUGGCAGCAUGGCUCUGCUUGGUUCAGUUUUUCUUGGUCUACUUCGAGUUAGUUCCUUCUUGUGUAGUGGUGUUGGGGAACAUACUUAUCAGUAACUACUGGUUCCUGUGGAUUUCGAGGAGAUGGAAUGUCUACUUCAGGUUCAUUUUGUUUUCUCCUAAUCAAACUUGGGCUGCUCGAUGUAGAACGGCAGGGGUGGCUGGAGCUUGCAGAACGGCGGCGGCAAAGGCUAGAGCUUCCAGAUCGGCAGCCCAACCUGAGCAACAGCUCCAAGGAGGAUGCCACCAAGUGCUUGGUCUCGCUGGGAGAUGAGAGAUGUCGAGAAGUUGGGAGGCGGUGUUGCUGGCAGUGCCACGCUGCACCUCCGUGUCACCGGCAUGGCUACUGCAGGUAAUAUCACAAACAUUGUGUGAUAACAUCAAUAUGAAUCUCUCAAGGUAGGAAGAAAGAGAGGAACAUGAUGAAAAUUGUAUUGCCGGUUUUAGCAGGCGUGCUGGUCCUCACAUGCUUACCCAUUGUUGGAUAUUGCUUGAAUAAAAAAACAACCAGUGUAA